UGAUGUAUGUAUUUUAUUGAUAUUAACCCAUGUAUCCUUCAAAGGUCUAAAAGGCAGUUAGAACUAGAUCAGCAGGUUAGAACUUAGAUCAUGAACACACACCGAGCGAGAAGGGAUACGCCUUUCUGAACAGUCAAAUGAGGGCGGAAGAGGAGGCACAAAGGAUAUUCCACUUGGCAGCAUAUUCUUUACAGUUAGAAAGUCAAUAGUUACAAGAAAUGCUCAACAAAUGUAUGGCUCAGCGAUGAUGCACAUCGGGACAUUGGUAGUUAUUUUUAUACAUUAUGAUCUGAUGUGUUCCUUGAAGGAUGAUGUGAAGAGAAUAACAGCAAAAGAGGGGAACACUGUUACUCUGCGGCCUGAAGUACAUACACUGGAGAUUGAUGCUCAAAUUCUUUGGUCGUUUAAUCAGAAUAGUAAAGAUUCUAAAAUAGUUAACAGUCAGGUGUUUAAAGGAGAUAUUAAUACAGAAUAUUCAGGGAGACUCAAAGACCGACUGCUGCUGGACAGAAAUACCGGAUCUCUCACCAUCAGAAACAUCACCACCAGAGAGUCUGGGAUGUAUCGCCUUCGAAUAAUUAGUGAACAUGUCUCAUCUUGGGACUUUAACUGUACUGUCUAUGGUGAUAAAAACUUGUGUGUGUUUAUCUCACCAGUUCCUGUCUCUGCCCCCAACAUCAGUAGAGGACAUUCUCACUCCAACACCAAAACUGCUAAGAGCCGCACUUGGUCAGGAGCUGAGUCCCAGUCCAGCUCCAAUACAAGUUGUCAGGUGUUGUGUUCUGUGAAGAAUGACAGGGAGGUGUCCUUAUCCUGGUUCAGAGUGAAUCAACUGAUUAGUCAAACAAGCAGUCCUGAUGUCAACACCACCCUGUCCCUCACUCUGGAUAUAGAUGAGAAAGACAACACUGUGCAUCGUUGUGUGUCUGCCAAUCCUGUCAGCAAUGACACCACUUAUCUCAACAUCACUGUCAUGUGUUCUUCUAUGAAUCAUAAAGAUCCUUCAAUGUCUAAACGGCAGUAUCUUAUCUUUCUGUUAGCACUCUGCCUUUCUGCUACAAUUGCAAUUGUGGUCAUGGCAAUAUAUUUGAAGAAGAAAAGAGAAAAUAAUAGUAGUAGAUGUACAGCUCACAGUCUUGAAGAGUCGCAGUAUGCUGAUGUGAAACAUUGUGCACGUACAAAGGAACAAAAUCAGGAUGUCUUACAGGAGACUGAACCGACCUGUGAUACGAUAUACUCAGGUGUUGUGACAUAAGAUUAAUGUAUUGUACUUCUAUUUAAUUAUUCUUUAAUGUAUGUUAUGUUUUUUAUAAUAUACAUUGUAAAACUUUACACUGUAAUUUUGCAACAGCAGCAGCUUCACCUGCAAAGUAUUGUAUUUUUUACUGUUCCGUUCUUCAUUUCAAAAUAAUAGCAUAUUACGAGAAAUAAAUGUACAGUUCUUUAUUGUAUUCUUGUAAGUUUAGAAUACAUUACUGGUCACAGUUUUGUCAGUAAAGUACUCUAUAUUUUUAGUAUA